UCCUCCCUCCCCGUCCCAAGAUGGCUGCGCUGCUGCGGAGCCCGGAGCCGUGGAACCGCGUGACGAUCCCUAAAGCUGGAAGCCGCAGCGCGGUGACCGUACCGGACCCCGACGCGGCCCUCGAUCUUUGCAUUGCAACUGUAAUUAAAGAAUGCUGUCUCCUUACACAAUUGCUGAAGAGUCCAACCUUAGAUGCAGAAACAGAUGUGCUAUGUGCGCUCCUGUACAGCAAUCACAACAGAAUGGGCCGCCACAAGCCCCAUUUGGCCCUCAAACAGGUUGAACAAUGUUUAAAACGUUUGAAAAACAUGAAUUUGAAGGGUUCGAUUCAAGAUCUGUUUGAGUUGUUUUCUUCCAAUUCUGAAAAUCAGCCUUUAACUACCAAAGCAUGUGCCAUUCCCAGCCAACCAGUGGUGGAAUUGGUGUUGAUGAAGGUUUUGGGAGCCUGCAAAUUGUUACUUCGUUUGUUGGACUGUUGCUGCAAGACAUUUCUCUUGACCGUGAAACAUCUAGGCCUACAAGAAUUCAUUAUUUUAAACCUUGUGAUGGUUGGGUUGGUGAGCAGGUUAUGGGUUCUCUACAAAGGUGUUUUAAGAAGACUGGUUUCUUUAUAUGAGCCAUUAUUUAGAUUGCUUCAAGCAGUCUCUGAGAUUCAACCAACACCUUAUUUCAAAGAUUUUACCUUUCCUUCUGACAUUACUGAAUUUUUAGGACAGCCGUAUUUUGAGAUCUUUAAGAAAAAAUUGCCUACAGCUUUUGUAGCUAAAGGAGUAACUAAAUUGCUAAAUAAACUGUUUUUAACAAAAGAGCAAUCACCAAAGUUCAGUGAAGAAACUUUACUUAGAAUUUCCAAAAAAACCAAUAAGCAAAAGAAGAUCAAUAUACAGAAUAAUGUGGAUCUUGGACAGCCAGUGAAAAACAGGAAAAUCUUCAAAGAAGCAUCAUCAAAAUUUGACGUGAGGGCUUUCUGCACACAGCUGAAACACAAAGCUAUUCAGGAGACCAACUUGGAGUUUAAAUGUUCUCCAUCCAAACUAAAGGCAAGCAAACAUUCUUCUCGGAAAGUGAUAGACAUUCACUGUGUCAAAAAAUUUGUGAAAAGAUUCCGAGAGGCUGAGACAUUCACACAACUUUCUGAAGAAAUCCAAAUGGCGAUUCUGUGGUGCAGAAACAAAAAACUCAAGGUGCAGGCCAUCUUUCUGGGUAACAAACUUCUUAAAAGUAACCGGUUUAAGCAUGUGGAAGCUCAAGGCUAUAGUUUGCCAAAGAAACUAGAGUGCAUAAAAACAUCUAUUUGCAACUGCUUUCUUCGUGGCUUACAUAACAAAAUUUCAAAGCAUCAUCUGAGACAAAGAUCACAGAAUAAGUUUUUACUGAGACAGAGGAAACCACAGAGAAAGCUGCAGUCGACUCUUUUAAAGGAAAUUCAGCAGUCCUCUCAAGGGACUCGGAGUGCUACAGAUAAAAGGGAACGGAGACUCUCUUACCGUGCAGUUCAUAGAACUGCUCUCUACACGGACAGUAAGCAACUCUUGAGUAGCCGGGUUUCAGAUCCUGUCAUACAAACUAAGGAGAAACAAAUUCAUGAAAAUCUUGCAGGAAACAAUGAAAAUGAAACUGACUCGUGGACGAUGCAAAUCAGUAAACAUAAUACACCAACCUCCAAAAAGGAGAGAGAUGACAUUGAUGAUAUUUUUGCUUUAAUGGGUGUUUAGACUCUUAAUUUGUGAGACUGCUAUGUGAUUAACAAACUGGUCCAGUGUUCUGCUGUUUUAAGUAGAACUACUGAGAUAUGAAAAGGUCUGAUGUACCACUUGGAUUCAGAGAGGAGCUGUUACAGUGCAACAUUGUACAACAGUUCAGUAAACUUUCAUAUUAUUUUGACAAGUAUUUUUCUAUUGUCAAGUUUUGACUAUGAUUUUGUGCCAGGUAUUAAGAUGAAAAUGUACCCUUUUCUGCUCUUGAGAAGCAGAUGUGAUUCCUUAAGACUGGUAGGUUCCUGAAAAACUUGAGUAUUUUUAUGAUUUAUAGGGAACCAAACCUAAAUAAUUAAGUCUACAAGAAUGUAUUCUGUGAAUAAAGGUAAAUGGGUAUUGCAAUGGGGAGUAGCAAGUUUAAAAGUUUACUCUGGCCUUACUGAUUGCAUUGUAGAUUGUCUACCUCUGAACACAGGAACUUCUAAUGCUUGUGCCGUUUUGCUUAUAUCAUAGAAUCAAUUGUCAAAGGACUCAAAAGUUUUGCCACUAAUUAUAUUACCAGGGACUGGUCCCGCCAUUAUUUCACUUCUUUUGUUCAUCAUCUCUCAUAGGAAGGCCUAUUAAUACACUUUUGGAAUUCACUGAAAGGUUUUGUUUGUUUGAAUGCUGGUGAUUGAUUCCAAACAAACUUUUUUCCAAAAAGUAUAUUGUACAUGGAAUACAACAAGACAACAAAAUAAAAGGUGAGAAAAUUAAAUGAACAAAUAAGUGAUUAUACAAAAUAGAUCCAGGAAUGAGACUAAACACAAAUUUAUAAUUUGGUGCUGAUACUAGCUAGCAUUUGAUAUUUGUAUGUUGCUCAAACAGCUGCUGAGAAAUCUUAAACACAUUUUAAAAUUUAAAGAAGUGAAGUUUUCAGUAUCUCUCAAAUAUUUUAGCUUACCAGCAUUAGGUUACUAAGUUUCUAUUUGUUAAGUAGGUUACAGCCUUAAGUUUUAUUUUAUAUAUAGAUUCAUAGACAAAGUGCCUUGGUAUCUGCUGUAUCCUUUUCCUUGCCCAUUCUAUCUUUUUAUUUCUCCAUUCUUUAUCUGGCUUUCUCUGUCUCAUAUCUACACAUCACCUAUACCAGUAGCUCUCAAACUAUGAAUCACCCAUUGGUUGUUUAAAAAUACAGACUCGGGCCUCCUGGUGGCUCAGCGGUUGAGCGCUGGGUUGCAAAGCUGGCCGCAGCCUCUGCAGCGUCGGUUCGAUCCCUGGCUGCUCCCCGGUCACCGGAGGAGGGUCCCACAUGGCGCGCAGACCUCUCCUGCCGCCCGCUGCUCCCCUCAGCAGUGUGCUUUGGUCCUUCUGCCUGCUCUGCUCCCCGCUCUGGCACUGGUGAAUUCUCUCACCCUCCCGUGCUUCUGACUGUACCCAGUGGUUGUAUAAAUAAAUAAAUCUUAAAAAAAAAACAGACUCCUAGUCCUGCAGAGUUUAAUAAAUACAACCGGGGAUAGGGCCAGGAAUCUACAUUUUUUUUUAAAAGGAGCUCAGGUUGUUGGGUACAAGUAGUCCACAGUGUAGUGAAAUGUUGGUUUGGUUUCCUUUCCUGAAGUGUAGCUGAUUUAAUUAAUUCUGAUUGACUCAGUUCUUAAUCAAGCUUUUUACCAUUUAUAUUUAUUCCAGCUUCUACUAAGUAGUAGUCUCUACUUACUGUGUUGAAAUGUGGGUUAUACCAAGGAGAUCUCAUUUAUGACAAGCCUUGAAAUAGCCAUAAACUUAACUCCCUUUGCUUAUUUCCUGGGAACUGUCUAUAUUCACAUGCCUAAUGUAAAUGGCCUCUUUCUUAUGAGACUUCAUUCCCAAUUUUGAUUCACAAGGCAAGGGUAAUAAAAUGAUCCCUUGGAAUUAAAGAUUUAAGUUUCAGCCUUGUUUCUGUUUCUAUUUGCAUGUGAACCAAUAAGCUAGCUAGUUCUUCUGGUAUUUGCUCCUUCAUUUGAAGUGGCACAAUUGUUCAAGAAUCAAACUUUUACAAAUAAAAGACUAGAGAUUUCUCACUGGAAAAAUCACAGUGGUAAACCUGGACUGGAUAAGUUUAGUAUUUAUUUUCCACUUCAUUACUGUUCUUCUGGAGUAACUUUUUUUCAUUUUUCUCCAUUUCCUGACCUUAUAAAUCUGGGAAAAAUGGUAAAAGGCUUCAUACACAAAAUGAUAAUUUAUAAGGAAUGUAGAAUUCUCUAUCAGUUCAUUUAUCCAAACAACUUAAAUUCAAAUGUUACAUAUUUUUAAGUGAAAUGUAAAAUAUACAAAAGCAUAGUUUACCUAGUAGAUUCAAAAUUGUUGGUGUCAUCACAGUGAAUACCAAUUUUAUCACUUUUGGUGGCACUGGAACACUCAGGUCAUUUAUGAGAAUAGAAUGGUGAGAUCUUCCAUGUUUUAUUACUUCAAAUCCUCUUGGUCUUUCUUCAGGCCCUUCUGUGGCAACCAGAUUUAAGUAGGACUGGGCAGUUAACUGCAUCUUAUCCCUUGCUCCAAGAACCUCCCAUGUCCUGCUUCCUGGCAUCUGGCAAGCUAUAGGAGCCAUUUUGUAUUCAGACAGGUACAAUUUGUAAGAGGUAUAGGGCCAUCCUUGACUCCCUUCAAAGACAAUUCAGUGGCACAUUUUAUAAGGCUAAGAAGGCCCCUUGAGAUCAGCACUACUGCCAAUGUGGUGUCUUGAUACAUCCGUGGUUGGCUUUUCUUCUGUUUUAUUUCCCUACCAUGUCUGUUCCUUGGGAUCACUUCCAAAAUUAAUCACCACAUACAAUUUUUUGUCUUGGAUUCUGCUUUUAGAAAAAUCAGAGCUAAAACAAGUAGUAACACUGUCAAGCAGAGAUGAUUUCUAAGGCAAUUUCUAAGGCAUAUAUUUUACUGUGUGAAUGCUUAUAUAAAGUCCCUUUUUUUUGUUUAAAACACUGCUGCUUAGAAUAGACCAGUGUUAUCAACUGGAAAACAACUGAAAAUAUAUUAAAAAAUUAAAUUUUCUAAAAAAGCUACAGAGUUGUUUUAGUCUUAAUUUUCUAUACAUGGCUAUUGCUAUAACCUUUCAUUAUUCUACCUUAGUUUGAAAAGAUAAGUCACUUACAUGAAUAGGUCAAUAGCAUCCUCAUAAAAAUCUUUUCUAUUAACUUUAAUCCAAAUGAACACUUUUACUUUCCCGCUCUGAAUCUUAAGAUAGCAAUUCUAAACUGUCCCAGUUCUUAACUUCAUCUCUUGACCUUAAGUUUUCUCACUUUCGAAACUAAUUUUUUUGGGCUUUCACAAGAUAAAAUGUUACUUCCAUGACAGAAUAUUUUCUAUGAUAAAUUUCUGUGAAUUUUGCUUUUGGUUUUGUUUUACGAAUAUGCAUACAUCCUUUUAUUUAUAUCAUUAUAAUCUUUACUACUUUGGAGGCUAGAGUUAUAAAGAUCAAAAGAAAUCUAGUUAUUUUCCCAAAGUCCAACAUAUAAUAUUAGAAUUGGAACUUAUAAUAUCUGAUCUUCUGAUUCUGAAUCCUAUGUUUACCUGAGGGUGACUCAUUGAAUAAAGAACUCAGAAAAAAAGAUAAUUUAUAGGAACAUAUAGGAGUAUUCAACCUGUCUAUAACUGCUUAACACAAAAGAAACCUUUUUUACUAGUUCAUUUUAAUAUUUAAAAAUAUAUACAUAAUAGGCAUUUUCUUUAGAAGACAAAUCCAAUAAAUAACAUGGCAAACCCUUUUCUGUGGUAAAUCAUUUUCAUUUUGUGAACACCAUAUGCUCUUGUUUUUCAGUUUGUUAAAACAGGAAAAACUACCAGUAUCUGUUCUAAUGAUCAGUAUAAUCUUAUUAUUUAUAAACCCUUUUCCUCCCUCAGGCACAAAUUCAUUCUUGUUUUUCAAGGAUGCAGGUUUUAAAGCUCUAGUGAUUCUUCUGCACGUUUUAGAUACAGAACAUUUAAAACAAUUUUGAAAUUCUAGGUGUUUAAUUCUAAUUGGCAAGAAGAUUUCUGAAUCUGGCAGCUCUCAGUCCUGAGAUUUCCUGUUAUGUUUGCUAUAAAGCAUUUUAACAGGUGGAUUCCAGAAUAGGUCACAGCACUGAAAAAAAAAAAAAAUUAAUAAUUUUCUUCCCUUAUUUCAGAUGGCAAAAGAUCUUAAUUAAUCUAACUUAAAGUUUGUUUAAAAUGCUUGUGAGUUCCAUGUGACAAACAGAAUGCCUUAAUUUGUCUUGCCUUUCUCCUCUUCCUCAGUUUCUUGUAGUGUUCUAAAAUCUAUCUCCCUCAUGAAGUCUAAACAUUUAACAUUAUCUUCUAUUUUGAAUUU